CAACGCAGGCAGAGCUCAGUCGAGCUGAACACCAAAACCCUGCGCGAGGUUUUUCUCCCUCCAUUAACGGGGCUCGAAGCUUUCUCUCUCUAAACUGCCAUAUCUCUCUCUCUAGAAAUGACCAAGUUCAGGAAGCUCGGUAGGCCCACCGGUCACCGGAUGUCCAUGCUCAGGACCAUGGUUUCGCAGCUGGUCAAACAUGAGAGAAUCGAAACAACUGUUGCAAAGGCGAAAGAAGUAAGGCGGCUUGCAGAUAAUAUGGUGCAGCUCGGCAAAGAGGGUUCCCUUUCUGCCGCGAGGCAUGCUGCUGCUUUCGUGCGAGGGGAUGAUGUCCUUCACAAGCUUUUUACCGAGUUGGCCUAUAGAUAUAAAGAUAGAGCUGGGGGAUACACGAGACUUCUUAGGACCCGCAUACGAGUUGGUGAUGCUGCUCCCAUGGCUUAUAUCGAGUUUAUCGACCGGGAAAACGAACUUAGACAAUCAAAACCACCAGCUCCGCAACCUCCACAGAGGCCAUCCUUGGAUCCAUGGACAAGAUCCAGGCUGUGCAAGCAGUUUGCUCCGCCCAAGGAGGAGAGAAGCUCUGACCCUGAUUCAUGAUGUGGACGUCUUGAUGCGUGAUUUUGAGUUCUUUGCCCCAAUAUAUAUCAGAUAAUGCAAUUACUUUUUACCUACAAUUUUAGAAACAGCAUUUGGUGACAAAUCCUUGGCAAAAUCGUAAUGCUUCUGAUUGUUAUGUAGUUAUGUCUGCUUCUUUGCUGCGAUGAAUAAGAAAUGUUGACUUGUGAUGUUCGAUUUAUUUGUGUCGGCUUUUGACC